CAAAUCAACACAUACAUGGCAUCUUCAUCUUCUCGUUCUGUACCCACCUAUCCUUCUCAAUCAUGGAAGUACCAUGUUUUUCUUAGUUUUAGAGGGGAAGAUACUCGCAAUACUUUUGUGGGCCAUCUCUACUCAGCUCUUGAACAAAAAGGAAUUUACACUUAUAAAGACGAGAAAAAACUUCCCCGGGGUGAGUUGAUUGGUCCAUCCCUUAUGAAGGCUAUUGGAGAAUCACAGAUUGCCAUCAUCGUAUUCUCUGAAAACUAUGCAGAUUCUUCAUGGUGCUUAGAAGAACUUGCCUAUAUUAUGAAUUGCAGGGAAACGAGAGGCCAAAUCGUUAUUCCCUUAUUUUAUGAUGUGGAGCCCUCUGAACUGAGAAAACAAAAACAGAAGUAUGGAGAAGCAUUUCUCAAACAUGAGCUGGAGAAUAAGACUAAGGUUGAAUCCUGGAGAAAAGCACUUGUGGAUGCAAGUAACCUUUCUGGAUGGGACAUUGCCAACAGGCAUGAAUCAGAGUUCAUCAAAGAAAUUGUCAGCAAAAUCUCAAAGAUGUUGCAUCCACUAACUUCAAGUGUGAAUGACAACCUGGUUGGAAUAGAGACUCGUGUGCAAGAUUUGAAAUCAAGGUUGAAAAUUGGGUCAAGUGGUGUGCUCAAGAUUGGAAUAUGGGGGGUUGGGGGUGCUGGCAAAACUACUCUUGCGUCUUAUUUUUAUGAUGAAAUGUCUAGGGAGUUUAAUGGUUGCUGUUUUGUUGAAAAUAUUCGAGAGGAAUCAAGCAAGUAUGGUUUGAAAAAAUUGCAAGAAAAAAUACUUUCAAGUAUUUUGAAACACAAUGAAGUGCUAGGCGGGGUUAAGGAAGGUUCACAGAUGAUAAAGGAUAGGUUAUCCCAUAGAAAGGUGUUGAUUGUCCUUGAUGAUGUCGAUCAACUUGACCAACUAGAAGCAUUGGCUGGAUCACAUUAUUGGUUCGGUGAAGGAAGUCUAAUAGUAAUCACAACUAGAGAUGAGCAUUUAUUAACUGCUUAUAAAGUAGAUGUUAUACACAAUAUUAGAUUGUUAAACGAUCAUGAGGCUAUUCAGCUUUUGUGCAUCCAUGCACCCCGGGAUAAGAUACCUAUGGAAGAUUAUGGGCUACUUUCAAAAGAGGUGGUCCGGUAUGUUGAUGGGCUCCCAUUAGCACUCAUAGUUAUCGGUCGUUUUUUAUGUGACAAAAACUUGAAUGAGUGGAGGAGUGCCUUGUUUAGAUUGAAAGAAAUCCCACAUGAUAAGAUUAUGGAAAAGCUAAAAAUCAGCUAUGAUGGACUUACAAGGGUUGAACAAAAGUUGUUCCUAGAUAUUGCAUGCUUUUUUAGGUGGGAGAAGAAAGAUAGGGCAAUGGAGAUGCUUGAUGCUUGUGGUUUUCAUGCAGUUAUAGGAGUAAAGGUGUUGAUGCAAAAGGCUCUCCUAAAUAUAUCGAAUGGAAUGUUUGAUAUGCAUGAUCUGGUGCAAGAAAUGGGACACCACAUUGUUAGAGGAGAACACCGUGACAAUCCUGAAAAACAUAGUAGGAUUUGGAAGGAGGAAGAUGUUGUAAGCAUAUGUGCUAUGGACGCAACAACGGAACUUGACAUGAUUGAAGCAAUCAGAUUUAAACACAAUAGUGUGGAUCACAUACAAAGGUAUAAACAUCUUCAUCCGUUUGUUGCAAACACGAAGAACCUUAGGUGGAUUGAAUGGCAAGGUGAUCUUCCAAGUCCAUUGCUUACUAACUUUCCACAAAGGAAGCUUUGUUGUCUAAUAUUGCAUAACAGCUCUCGUACACAACUUUGGGAGGGUUAUAAGAUACUGCCAAAUUUGAAGAUAAUGGAACUCUGGUAUUUGUCUUUCCUAAUGAUAACACCAAAUUUUAAUGGGCUUCCACAUCUUGAAAGAUUCAAGCUUACUGGAUGUCGGCUAUUAGAAGAGAUUCAUCCAUCGAUCGGAUGUUUGGAAAGGCUUGUCUUCUUAUCUAUAGAAGAUUGUAGGAGACUUAAGAUGUUUCCACCCAUUACCCAACUAAAGAAACUCAAGACCCUUUCAUUCUCAGGGUGCUACAAACUUUUUAAGCUCUCUGAGAUCCAACAGAAUAUGGAUAAUCUUCAUUUAUAUAAUAUUGGUGACACAAAACUUGGGUUACAACUUUUUUGCAACUUACAAGAACUCGUCUUAAAAAAGUUGGACCUGAGCUGGUGUUGUUUGGAAGAUGAUGACAUGAGCUAUGCUCUUUGGGAGUUACCUAACUUGCAAGAACUCAAUCUAGAAGGAAAUAAGUUUUCACAAUUAAGUUUUACUCGCUUGCAGCUUCCUCGGCUCAAACGGCUCGAUGUGUCAUGGUGCAGAAAUCUUGUUGAAUUGUCAGCGCUGCCAUUAAGUAUAGCUAUUGUUAAGGCGGAUCAUUGUAGGUCACUCAGAAGCUUUGGAGAUGUUUCAAACUGUAAAUGGUUGUGGAACUUCUCACAUCGCUGGGAGAGCAAACUUAGUGAAGCUGGCAUAUUACUAAACUCCAUGCUCCAGGGAAAUGCUGUUGAAGAUCACUAUAUCAGUGUUGCUUUUGAACGUCAGAUUCCAAAGGGGUUUGUGGGUAGGUUCUUUACGGGGUACGGGUACUCAUUUACAAGGCGUCGUCCACGUAAUGCCAAUGAUAGUGAGCACACAUUUACAUUGCGUCUUCCAGAUGAUUGGUACAAUGACUUUUCUGGGUUCUUAAUACGCAUUGUUACCAACAAUAAACUUCCGGAUAUUAAUAUAAUAUUCACGCAUGAGGUAUAUGAAAAAGAUUUGAGAUUUGAGAUUUGGCAGGACUCUAAUGAGGCACCGGGGCCUGAAUAUUUAAAAGGAGAAGUAAAGACGUAUGUGGGAUAUGUUUCUUUUAGUUCCUUGAGGCAGACCACAUCGUUAAAUUCAUCAUACAAUAUUAUUUCAUUUUCCAUAGAGGAUAUGGAUUGGAGUUCGUUUGCAGCUGAACUUGUUCCUAGGGAAAGAAAAGAUGAUGCCGAUAAAUCACGAAAAGUCGCAACAGAUUCAGAAUAUUGGAAUGAUGAACAUGAUACGCGCAAGGCAUUUAUGAUCCAACAUGAUUUAUACUCUUUUAUCCAGAUAUUAUGGCAACCUUAGGACACCAUCUAGCAAACCCAGUACCUAUAUCUAUGACUAUUUUGGAUUCAUAGUUCAUGCUCUCGUUGUUUUCUUUUGAGUUAUUAUUAUCAAAUGAUCAUGUUGUUGUAAACCAAC